CGCCCAAUUCCUUUGUUUUUUUAUUUCAACCAAACACGUGUGUUUUGGUUUGAGCGUGCCGAAAAAAUAUAUUUUAAUUUAUUUACGAGGCACUGGUCGAAUUGAGACACCAUGCCGAAAGUACGCAGCACCCCGGGGAAGCCCCGAACGCAGGGAUUCAACCACUCUAACCACUCGAUGAAUCCGGAGCGCCCCAAAAGUGGCCUUAAGGGAGUUGCCCACCCUCGCACCAAGGGAACGAUCAAGCGGCUCCAGAUGUACCGUAACUUCAAGGCCAAGCGCGAUCGCACUGGAAAGAUUCUUACGCCCGCCCCUUUCCAGGGGCGCCUGCCGGCUGGAACGAUGGCCCGUGUGGAGCCCACGCCCAAGUGGUUCAGCAACUCCCGCGUCAUCUCUCAAACGGCGCUGCAAAAGUUCCAGGACGAGAUUGGCAAGGCUGUCAAGGAUCCCUACCAGGUCAUCAUGAAGCCUUCCCAGCUGCCGGUGACGCUGCUCAACGAGGCGGCCAAGUACAAAAGAGUUCACCUGUUGGACACCGAAAGCUUUGACAGCACUUUUGGUCCCAAAAAGCAGCGCAAGCGGGUCAGCCUGAAAGUGCGCGAUCUGGAGGAUCUGAGUAAGGCUGCCGACGAUCAGGCCGAUAAGUACGAUUCAGCCAAGGACUUGGAUCUAAUCCGCGAGGACACGGGAGAGAAGAAGGCUGUGCGGGAUUGGGUCUUUGGUGCUGGACAGAGCAAGCGCAUCUGGAACGAACUGCACAAAGUGGUGGAUGCGUCCGAUGUUCUUCUCCAGGUUUUGGAUGCCCGUGAUCCCAUGGGCACGCGAUCCAAAUACAUCGAAGAGUUCCUGCGCAAGGAGAAACCCCACAAGCAUCUGUUCUUUAUUCUGAACAAGGUGGAUCUGGUACCUGUGUGGGUCACCCAGCGGUGGGUGGCCAUUCUCAGUGCCGAGUAUCCUACCAUUGCCUUUCAUGCAUCCCUCCAACAUCCCUUUGGAAAGGGUGCGCUUAUCAACUUGUUCCGUCAGUUGGGCAAACUGCAUCUGGACAAGAAGCAGAUCAGCGUGGGCUUCAUUGGUUAUCCCAAUGUGGGUAAAUCCUCGGUCAUCAACGCUCUGCGCUCCAAAAAGGUGUGCAAAGUAGCCCCCAUCGCGGGAGAGACGAAGGUGUGGCAGUACAUUACGCUGAUGAAGCGCAUCUUCCUGAUCGAUUGUCCUGGCGUGGUAUAUCCCACGGCGGAGACGGACACUGAGAAGGUGUUGAAGGGUGUUGUCCGCGUGGAGCUGGUCACAAAUCCCGAGGACUAUGUGGAGUCGUUGCUGCAAAGAGUGCGCACCGAAUACAUUUCGAAGAACUACAAAAUAGAACACUGGAACACGUCCACACACUUCCUGGAGCAGCUGGCCCAAAAGACUGGAAAACUGCUGAAGGGUGGUGAGCCUGACGUAACGGUGACUGCCCGCAUGGUGCUCAACGAUUGGCAGCGUGGUAAGCUGCCCUUCUACGUGCCCCCCGAGGGAUUCGCCAUUCCCAAGUCCCAGGAGGGCAAGCAAGAGGAAGUCGUUGCCGAGGAUCCCAACGAAGAUGCCAAAUCAGAAGCGCCGACAUUUGUCAGCGAGUCGGUGAAAAAGGCGCGCGAGUUUAAGCAGAUCCAGGACUUCCGGAAGAUUCGAGUCGGUCUGGAGUACGAGCAGGAGGAUGUGAAGGAGCUGGACCAUAUAGACCUUGAGCUGUUGGAGCAGCAGAAGGCCGAGCGUGCGGCCAAGAAGAAAGCCCGUCUCCAUAACCUCGGCGAAGAAGAGGAGGAGUCCAGCGAUGGAGCGGACGAAUUCUACUCGGAAGACGAGUACAACGAGGACUUGCAGCGCGUGGUUCACAAGAAGGCCAAGGCGAAAAAGACCCAGCAACUGGCCAUCACGUCGUCCGGAAAAUUCCGCGUGGCCAAAAUACAGCCGGGAGAUUCGGACGAUGCCGGCAGCUCUGACGACGAUGGCCCCAGCACUUCGAAGGUUUCCCGGUUGACGGCUAAACAGAAACGCUCACUGGAACGCAGCCAGAAACGCAAGAAGAUCGGCAGCAACUUUUACGAGACGACGAACGUUAAGAACCGCAAUCGAAACAAGAAGAAGGACGCGUAACACAUUAUGUUUACACUCUAGGCUAUAUUCUCUUGCAAGGAAAGAAACUACAAAUUAAGAAUCCAAAUAAAAAGUUGAUCCUACUCGA